AGCAAACAAAGAUAUAAAGAUUUAUAAUCAACCAACCCAUCCCCCUACGUCACUUUUAAUUCUCGCAGUAAUUUCGUACGAGUAAAGUCGAAAAUACAAGAACUCGAUGGCCGGAGGAACUGACGGCAGAUCUUUAGAGCAAACGCCGACAUGGGCGGUUGCCACCGUUUGCUUCGUACUCAUUCUCAUCUCCAUUUUUAUCGAACAAAUCAUCCAUAUGAUCGGACAUUGGUUCAAGAAGAAACGAAAGAAAGCUCUAUAUGAAUCCUUGGAAAAGAUUAAAGCAGAGCUUAUGUUGUUGGGAUUCAUAUCGCUGCUGUUAACGGCGGGGACGACACCAAUUACAAAGAUUUGUAUAUCGGAGGGAGCUGCCAAUUCUUGGCAUCCGUGCAGCCGAGAAGAAGAGGAAUCCGCCGGCGACAGCGGAGAGAGCCGCCGGAGGCUGCUCACUUGGUCAAAAAUGGGCGACAGCACACGGCGAAUCUUAGCUGGUAGUGGCGGCGAUGACAAGUGUGCAGAGGGAAAAGUUUCUUUUAUGUCGUAUGAUGGGGUUCAUCAACUUCAUAUAUUCAUCUUCGCUCUUGCCUUAUUUCAUGUUAUUUACUGUAUCCUUACCAUGGCUUUAGGACAAGCAAAGAUGAGAAGAUGGAAGCAUUGGGAGAAGGAGACAAAAACCGUAGAGUAUCAAUUUUCUCAUGAUCCAGAGAGGUUUAGAUUUGCAAGAGACACAUCGUUCGGAAGAAGACAUCUAAAUUUCUGGAGCAAGUCUCCGAUUCUACUAUGGAUUGUUUGUUUUUUCAGACAAUUUUUUCGAUCGGUCCCUAAAGUUGAUUAUCUCACAUUGAGACAUGGAUUCAUCAUGGCACAUCUAGCCCCACAAAGCCAAUCAGGAUUCGACUUUCAGAAAUACAUCAAUAGAUCUCUUGAAGAAGAUUUCAAGGUCGUUGUGGGUAUAAGUCCACCGAUUUGGUUAUUCGCCAUUGUCUUCUUGCUCUUUAAUACCCAUGGGCUGUAUUCCUAUUUGUGGCUACCAUUCAUACCAUUGGUUAUUAUUCUACUAGUUGGAACAAAACUACAAGUGAUAAUUACGAAAAUGGGAUUAAGUAUCCAAGAAAGAGGAGAGGUCGUACAAGGUGUACCUGUGGUUCAACCUGGUGAUGACCUCUUCUGGUUCAAUCGCCCUCGUCUCAUUCUCUAUCUCAUCAACUUUGUCCUCUUUCAGAAUGCUUUCCAGAUAGCUUUCUUUGCAUGGACUUGGUAUGAAUUUGGGUUAAAAUCUUGCUUUCAUGAACAUACGGAAGACAUUGUCAUCAGAAUCUCAAUGGGGAUACUUGUUCAGAUCCUAUGCAGUUACGUUACUCUUCCUCUAUAUGCUCUUGUCACACAGAUGGGAUCGACUAUGAAGCCAACAAUAUUCAAUGAAAGAGUAGCAACCGCGUUAAAAACAUGGCACCAAUCUGCAAGGAAACAAAUUAAAAGAAAUAAAAAGUCAGGCCAAGUGACUCCGAUGUCAAGUAGGCCUGGAACACCAACCCAUGGCAUGUCGCCUGUUCAUCUCUUACAAAACUACCGAACUGAUAUUGAUAGCUUUCCACCAUCUCCUCGAACUACAAACUUUGAUAGUGAUAAUUGGGACACUGAUGGUUCACCUUCACCCUCCUAUCAUCAACGACGGGUUAAUGAAAUGUCGAUAGUGCCACAUGAGAUGGAAUUGGGGAAUAGAGAGCAAGGUAAUGAGAUCCAUGAUUCAAGUUCGUCACAAUUGGCAAUAGUUGUUGACACGGGUGCUAAUGAUCAACAACAUGAGGUGACUAUAGGAGUUCCUAAAGAAUUUUCGUUUGAUAAAAGAAAUAUAUGA